GGCAGAGGCGGGCGGAGGGCGCGUCCCCGUUCUCCCCGAACCCCGCGGGUCCCGCCGGGCUCGGGGCCGGUUCCGGGCGGCGACGGGAGCCCUGCGCGACCCCGGCCAUGCCGCCCGCCAGGGCCGGCGGUAAGGGGGCCGUGGUGCUGCAGUGCGAGUGGCAGCAGUGCUCCUUCGUGGCCUCGGAGAUGGAGGAGUUCUGCGGGCACGUGGCGCAGCACCUGCAGCAGCACCUCCCUGGCGAGCACCGCGACGAGAUGGACCCACUGGAGGAGUACACGUGCCUGUGGCAGGACUGUGGCUUCUGCUCCCUCGAGAGCCCGGCUGACCUGGUGCGCCACGUCUACUUCCACUGCUACCACACCAAGCUCAAGCAGUGGGGGCUGAGGGCCCUCCAGAGCCAGGCGGACGUCAGCCACUGCCAGCUGGACUUCCAGAGCCGGAAUAUCAUCCCUGAGAUCCAGGAGAACUUCCUGUGCCUCUGGGAGUACUGCGAGAGAUCAUUUGACAACCCUGAGUGGUUCUACCGGCACGUGGAGGAUCACAGCUUCUGCUCCGAGUACAAGGCAGCAGGGAAGGAGAACCACGUGGUGCUCUGUGGCUGGAAAGACUGCGACUGCAGCUUCAAGGGCCGCUGCAAACUGCGGGAGCACCUGCGCAGCCACACGCAGGAGAAGGUGGUGGCCUGUCCCACCUGCGGGGGGAUGUUUGCCAACAACACCAAGUUCUUCGACCACAUCCGCCGCCAGACCGCCCUGGACCAGCAGAGGUUUCAGUGUUCCCACUGCUCCAAGAGAUUUGCCACGGAGAGGCUGCUCCGCGACCACAUGAGGAACCACGUGAACCACUACAAGUGCCCCCUGUGUGACAUGACCUGCCCGCUGCCCUCCUCCCUGCGCAACCACAUCCGCUUCCGGCACAGCGAGGAGCGCCCCUUCAAGUGUGACUACUGUGACUACAGCUGCAAGAACCUCAUUGACCUGCGGAAGCACCUGGACACGCACAGCAAGGAGCCGGCGUAUCGCUGCGAGUUCGAGGCCUGCACCUUCUCUGCACGCUCCCUCUGCUCCAUCAAACUGCACUACAGGAAAGUCCACGAGGGUGACUCGGAGCCCCGGUACAAGUGCCACGUGUGUGACAAGUGCUUCACACGGGGGAACAACCUCACUGUGCACCUCAGGAAGAAGCACCAGUUCAAGUGGCCCUCGGGACAUCCUCGUUUCAGGUACAGGGAGCACGAGGACGGCUACAUGAGGCUGCAGCUGGUGCGCUACGAGAGCGUGGAGCUCACGGAGCAGCUGCUCAAGGACAGGGAGAAGCGUGGGGAGGCUCUGGAUGGCUCCAGCGAGUGCGUGGUGCUGCCUGAGGGUGAGGGCAACCUGCAGGGCAUCCUCUUGGAGCCUCCAGCAAACCCUGCCCUGGCAGAGAGCAGGAUGUCCGAGCUGCAGGUGACCCCGGCCCUAUGCUCUGCUGCCAGCCCUGAGCCAGCGCGGCCCAGCCCCUGCCCGGGGGCUGCCUCCUCCUCGGAGCAAGGAGCCAGCCCCACGAGCAGCCCCAUCAUCCGAGUGGUGAACAGGACCAACGAGCAGGGCCAGAGCGAGACUGUCUAUUAUGUGAUGGCCAGCACGGCCUCGGAGGAGCAGGGCACAGCAGCCCUGGCUGCAGAGCUGGAGGAGAACGUCAUGGACAGGCUGCAGAAAACAGCAGAGGAGCUGGGCAUCCAGAUCGUGUGAGGGGCUGCAUGAGGAGAGCCUAAACCUCCAUGGGCUGUGCUGCUGGGGGAGUGCUUGGGGAGAGGGCUGGGCUUGUCCUCAGCCCGGCCUCGCUGGUGGCUGGUUCUGGUCAGCAUGGGCACAGGGGAGGGACGGGAGAGCUCUCCCAGGUGUGAAUCGAGGGAUCUGAGCUGGAGGGAGCUGUCUGCCUCCUCCUUUUGGGGAUUAGGGCCUGUCGAGCUUCUCCCACCCUUCCAGGCGGUUUGGCCUGGGCCUGGCAGGGGCAGUUGGUCACCAGCUGUGCCCGUGCUGAGCCAUGCAGGCUGUGGGAGCACACACUGGUGCUGACGCCUCUUCCCUGGGGAGGUGUGUGGCCCUUGGCAGGCCUGUCCUGCCCCCUUCUCCAGGGGAUUUCACGCCUUCCUCAGCACUUCCUGCACACGUUUCCUGUCUCACCUGGUGCUGGUGGUGGUGUUUCCCUCCCUGAUCCCAUAACCAGCACUGGUCUCUGGGAGGACAGCGCUGGAGGUGCUGUCCCUUGCAGGCCACUGCAGCACUGGGACAUUGGGAGCCUCUUGCUGCUUUUAUCAUGCCCUGGGUGUCCUCCCCACAUUGGGGUUUGGGCUCCUGGCUGAGCUAAGUGUACUUUGGCAAGAAAAUAAACAUCAGGCUGCUGGGCCCA